UAGCCGGUACAAAUACUUCAAGUUCUCUUCAAGAGAAUUGAUCUCAGUCCAGAAUAACACAGUCGACCCUACUUUGUUAUGCCCCCUCCAUCGCUUACCUCCUCUUCAACGCGCUUCCGCGUCGGUCUCUUCGUUUUCUUACUAGCUGUUUCCCUCUCCCUCACUUAUCGUUUUGCCCCCUCUUUCUCCUCACGUCGUUCGAUCUUCCCUAAUGGAAAAACAAGACCUUCAGAAUAUAUAAUUGACGUAGAUGUGGAGAAACUGCAAGGUCAGACUGGAAAAAGAAUUGCUAUUGUAGGCGCUGGAGCUAGCGGGUCGUCGGCGGCAUUCUUCUUGAGAAGAGCCGCCAGUGUUGUCGAACGUCGCGCGGGACUUGCCGAGUCAUCGUUGAUAAGCGACAUCAUUGUCUACGAGAAGGAGGGAUACGUGGGUGGACGGACUACGACGAUAUACCCCCACGACGAUGACAGGGCCCGCCCUCAAGAACUUGGCGCCAGUAUCUUUGUUGAUUCCAACCUCAAUCUUAUGAAAGCAGUCAAAGAAUUUAAUCUGACCUUGGUUGAUCCCGAUUUCGGAGGGUCAGGAAUUGGUAUAUGGGACGGCCGGAAGUUUCUUUUCACUUCAUCAUCAUCUUCUUGGAUAACCUCAGCUCGUGCUUUACUCCGCUAUGGUCCACUUUCGCCUUUCCGUACUCGACGUGCAGUUUCAUCUCUUCUCAAAAAGUUCUUGCGACUUUAUGACCCUUCGUGGCUCCAUGAUAGAGGUGUAAUGUACAGUGUAGAGGAUUUUGCGGAAGUAGUAGGGCUCGGAAGCGAAUAUACCACGAGGAGUGGCGAAAGCUGGGCAAAAGAGGUUGUGGGUGCAGGAGAGAGAUGGAUUGGAGAAGUAUGGGAGGGAAGCACUAGAGUGAAUUACGCCAUGAACAUUGACAAGAUUCACGCUUUAGCCGCUGGAGUUUCUAUGGCCACUGGUGGUGCAAGUCAGGUGGAAGGUGGUAACUACCAGAUAUUCCAGUCUAUGCUGGCCGAUGCAGGUGCCAAGCUUUACCUCGGAACGACAGUGGAGGAUAUUGUUCCUCAAGAAAAAGAUGCUUCCAGAAAAUUUAUCGUCAAAACAAAUCGCACAGAACUUGCUAGUGAAGAGGUUGACCAUGUGUUCUGGGCGGCCCCAUGGGGGCUGCAAAGAAUGAAAAGUUUGGAGAAAGAAUUUACAGAACCUGUGCCUCCUACUCCGUAUGUGAGAUUACACGUGACAUAUCUCACUACAACUCAGAAGCAUCCUUCCCCUUCAUUUUUCGGUUUACCCGCGGGAUCCACCGUCCCCAAUACGAUUUUGACUUCUGCACACCCACCUCGAUCUCCAAACGCACCCUCUUUGCCACCUCCAAGAUUCCAGUCCAUUACGUGGCACGGAGAAUCAUUCCCAGGCUCGAACGAGUACGCGGUCAAGAUAUUUUCACUCACAAGGCUAAGCGAUCGGCUCUUGAGAGAGAUUCUUGGAGAUGAACCGACUUGGGUCAAGAGAAAGGAAUGGAAUAGCUAUCCAAAGAUGGAACCCACUGCAAGAUACGCUCCAGUUACGCUAACGGAAGGGGUAGAAUAUCUAGCUGGAAUGGAGCGCUGGGUCUCAACGAUGGAGACGCAAACAAUCUCCGCAAGAGAGGCUGUAGCAAGGGUUGCGCACAAAUGGUGGGGUUUAGGUUUAGGAGAAUGUGAGGAUGGGGAUAGCUGGGAUUGGACUUGUUCGUAGUAAUAUUACUGUAUCCAAUCAUUACUUGUAAUCUUUGUCAUAAAUGUACCGAUUUGCGAACUG